GUGGCGCAGGCGCGGGCGACGCGAAUCCCUCGAAUGUCGUCGAAAGCUCCGACACGGACCAAGCUCCCACCUUGUCGUGAAUUGCAACCGAACACGAGUCGAAUUAGAAGCGCGGCCCGCGCAGCUUGCUGAUCUACCAUUUACGCGCGCUACCAGUCGACUUAACCCCCGGAAAAUCUCUGGUUUUAAAAACCCUCGAGCGGGGCUGAUCCUUCGGGAUCACGAAACGUCGAGCAAACUUCGAGGGCGACCCGAUGCUCUUCCAACGAGGCUACCCUUUUCGUCGGUCGCAUCGAUAAACCGACGACAAAUCCCUCGAGAGCGACUGGAUAAAUCGGUAAAGAGCGAACGAACAUAACGACGACGAAGCGACGUCUCGUCAGGGUUCUAAUUCGCAAACUGACGCGAGAGUGUAACGAAUGCCGGUGAAAAUAGGUAAUUUGCUCGACGAUCAAUAACUUCGGAAGCUGCUCGAUUCGACACGCUCUAUGAGCGCAUCAAGUAACAAACGCCUGGCAAAUGUCUCGUUACAGCGAUUCGAUAAAAGGUGUACAGCGUGUAAAUCACGGUGCAAGACGACGCUGUGGCAUUUCGUCGUGGGUCGUUAACGCGUUUGUUGGAUGUGAAGUCAGCAUUUUCGAUUAUGCUGCUCGAGGCGUGUAUCGCGUUUGAACGACACAGGGAAACGCGUUCAGGCCGACCGUUCUAAAAUAUUGGCACUGUCGCGUCGCACGGAAGUUGUCAUUUUGCUCCGACGUGUGCAAUAAGAUGGACGAUGCUUUACGAAUCGUUUAACGCUUGCCAUUUCGAGCACUUUUUCGCUCGAACGCAGUCAGCGGAGAAAGGAAAAUUACCCAGCUCGCUGUUUCUCGCGAGACCCUCCUCGCUGCUCGACUUUAAUUAUUAUCAUUAUUUAUUUAUGCAGCGUAAUUUCUCCACGAUGCGGAAGAGAAAUUACCUUCGUCUUUUUGCGAAAAUCCAAAUACGGUGAAAGAUUCACUGUGCCUCGAAGCAGUCGUAUCUACCGGUGAAAGGAUUUUUAAACGCAUUAUCGUCUAUUUCUUCUUCUUCUUCUAUUUUAUUUUUUUUUUCCUUCUCAUUGUCCGUGCUGAGCUACGUCAAACGCAAUUGUAAAUUGCACAACGACCAAUUAAGCGCGGUGCGUUUAUCUCGAAGAGCUAAAUGGUUGGAAGUAAUUUCCUUCUCUUCAAGAGGUAAAUUUGACGUCUCGCGUGUUUCCUUGCGUUAAACACAAGGUGAACGCGCCGAGAUUCAUGCUACAUUUGCCGCUUGCACUGGAAGAUCUGUCGCGGUCAGUAGAUAUCUCGUUCUUCGCGCUUACGUAAGAGGAAGCGCUAAUAGAGAGCGAUUUCGGUAAGCGGGCGAGCCUCCCUCGAAAGCCGCGCAAAUUGCCACGAAAGUAUGACAUAAGUCGACAAGAUUUUGGCAUGGUCUACCAACAACGACUGACGUUGGGACGCGCAAGACAGCCUGUCGUAAACACACGCGUAUGUUUCUGGAUUAUCGCCCGUUACUACGCGUGUCUUUCUACGGGCAAGUAUUUCGCUCACACAGUAUGCAAAUUACACGCGAGGAUUACUCACAAAUGUUUUCCAGUUUGCGCAAGUUUUCAUGGAUUUACGUUUCGCCGAAGCGGAAAAAAGGAGGAAACAGAUCGAUCGAUUAACAGGCAAUCGGUAUUUUAUUCUCCGAAGAAGUUACGAUGCGGAAACUACGGACGCGGAGGGAUCUGGCGCUAUCGAAAACCGAAGAAUAGCCGGAAUAAGUUUCAAACGAAUCACCUUGGCAAUGAGUCGCUGAUUUAUUCUGCUGUUAAUUGAUUUGUAAUAAUUGAAAAUGUCUUCUGACAAGUCUGACAAUGCAAGCAAUUCACUUCCAUCAAAUAUCAAAAUAAAAGUAGAACCUGGCACAUCUUUGCCUGUACCUAUACAAAACAUUAAAACAGAACCUGGUUUAUCAGGUUCUACUACUACUAGAUUAACUUCUUUCCGUUUGCCAAGAGAUUUAACAUUGGGGGGUAACAUUAAGACUGAGAAAUCCAAGAAAGUAUAUAUACCAAAUUUAAAUGCUCAGAGAACUAAAAAAAAAGAAGACUUAACGCAAAAUGAUUCUGCAAAGACAAGUAGAGGUAGAGACCAUAAUAGAGGACGUGGCAGAGGUAAUGCAGAUAGAGGACGCGACAGAGGACGUGGAAGAGGAUCUAGCAAUCUGAUUCAAUCUAGUGGUGUUUGGUCCACUGGAAUAGUGAGUACACCAGGAAAACGCUAUAGCGGUGGUUCUAGAGAUAGUGAUAGAAGUCCUCAAAUAUGUCUAGAAAAACCAAAAUUAGAAUUGAACCGUAGUAUUGAUAAAGCUGAAGAAGAAGAAAAAGUAAAGUUAUUGCUAAGAGAUGAUUUCAUUGAUGAUGGAGAAACUGUAAAUUUUGAUAAUGGACCAGUUAUUUUGCCAAUGAUCAAAGGAAAGUUAUACAAAGAAGACACUAAAGUACCAAUUGAAAAAGAGGAGGAAGAAGAAAUAGAUAGGAAACCCAUUAUUUUGGAAAAUGGAGAGGUAUUACCACCAAAGAAGGAACGUAAACUUAAGAUACCCAAAUCUGAUGUUGAAACAAAAGAAGAAUUUUUAGAAAGCAUUCCUAAGAUUGUUGAAAAUAAAACAAACUCAUAUAUUUUAAUGCAGUUUCCAGAUUGUUUACCAGGUUUAGUAGGUGGUGCAGAAGACACUAGACCAACUCGAUCAAAUAUUGCAAAUUACGAAAAGGAGAAUGAAAGUAAACAACAAACGGAAUUUUGUACUUUAAGUAGUUUAAAACCUGGUAUUUUAGGGAAGUUACAGAUAUUGAAAUCGGGUAAAGCACGCUUAUUACUGGGAGAAAAUAAUUUAAUUGUUGAUGUUGGGUCGCAUCUUAGUUUUCGACAUGAUCUUAUUGCCGCAAAAGUGGAUACCGAAAAUUCAAUCGGCGAUCUUAUUAAUUUAGGUCCAGUAACCAGUACGUUGAUAUGUUCACCUGAUUGGGAAUCAAUGCUAGCCAAAUUAUAAAUAAAGUUUUAAUAUGAAUAGAUCUUAUUAUUCUUUAUUAUGUGGAAUAUUUGUAAAUGUGAUGGAAGCUAAUGUUAUUUAAGAUACAAAAAGCGAAUUUUUCAAAAAUCAUGUAUUUUCAAUACUACAGUAUACGUGAAAGUCAUGUCACGUACAAAUUCAGUAGUAAUUCAUAAAUCUAAAUAAAUUUACAAUAAUUGUA